AUGGAUUUGGCCAUCACACUGGUUGCUGCAAUUAAUGAAUCAACGGAAGUGGUUAUGGAUGGUAGUUUCCUGCUCAAAGCAGUCUACCAUAGUCGACUGCGUCUGACUCGGCUGCUCUUAGAAGGAGGUGCUUAUAUAAAUAAGAGUAAUGAAUAUGGAGACACCCCCCUUAUGGUAGCUUGUAAGACACAACACACAAAUCCACAAAGUGUACCUAAGCCUAAGAUGGUUCGGUAUCUUCUAGAAAAUGGUGCUGAGCCAAACAUUCAAGACAAGACGGGGAAAACGGCUUUGAUGCAUUCGUGCCUUGAACAAGCUGACCCUGAUGUUCUAUCCCUUCUGCUGGACAGUGGAGCUGAUCAAACUCUGGAAGAUCAUGUGGGACUAUCAGCAUUAGUUUAUGCAGUGAAUUCAGGAAACAGAAAAAUUCUUAGUGUGCUUCUGGGUGCUUGUAAAGCAAAGGGGAAGGAGAUUAUCAUUAUCACUACCAGCAAAAUGGCUUCUGACCUCAACGUCCCACCCUCUUCUCUUUCGGAAUGCUCUUAUACUUCAGUAUGUAGUUGUAGAUCUCCUGAGUCCCAGACUGAAACUCUUCCACAUGGUUCCUCGGCUACUCCUUCUCUCCAAACCUGCUGCUCUCUUCUUGGUCCCAUACUGAUUAUGAAACAGUGUUUUCAUAGUCAGGUUGGCUCUUCAGCCCAACCACUGAGUCCUAUAUAUAUUCCUGACUUGGAUAAACAACUUUAUCCUUACAAUGUACACACUGAACAGAGAUCUAAGAGUCCCUCCUUGCUGCUCCAACAAAAUCAAGCCUGUUCUUUGAUAGAGGAACCAGCGGAAAAUACUCUUGAGGAAGUCAGAUUAAAAGCUCUUGGCAUACAAAGAAGACCUCCAACUAAACAGUUGAGGCACCACAGCACUGAUGUUAAAGAUGGAACAGGGUUCCCAAAGUCUCUAGACCACAUAUCAGGAAAUGAGAAUGCUGAGAGAAGACGGAGAAGCCUUGGCAGAAAGAUGUCAUAUGAUAGUUCUUUGCAUGCCUUAUCACACCCAAACCUGCAUCAGGAUAGCCUCCCUUUUUCCAGUGAAUCCAGUGCAGUGGAUGAAGAUUCAUCUGACUGUCUUAGGCAGCUGAAUAUCUCCAGUCUACAAAAUGUAGUGAACCGCAGGAACAUUGGGAUGGAUCACUGCAAUUCCGACUCACAGUUGCUGCAAGUUGGCAGUUGUGAAAAAAUUCUCAAAAGUGGUGGAGGAGCUGCAUCAGAAAGGCACAAACCGAUGAACAGCAGACAUUUUACUUUGUCUGAAACUAAGGAUUCUUUGGAGAGUUUUGUUCCAAGGCGAGGUGCUGCUGGUCUCGAGAGAAGAGGCUCCAGAGCCCUAUUUCUGGAUCAUAUUGCCUACACUCGCCCUGGGUUCCUUCCUCCUUUGAAUCCUCGUGCUCCUAUUCCAGAUAUUGGGGCUAGCCCUAGCUUUUCCUCCAGUUCUAGUGUGGGGAAUGGUGUUCUGACAGGGUCAAAGUCUGUUUUGCCCAGUGUACCUGCUUGUCCUCAGGAUCUAAAAAUUAAAAAAAUGUUGUGGAGACACCACUCGAUGCAAAGCGAACAAAUAAAACAGCUUGUUGACCCCAGACAGUGCUAA